CGACGACACACAUUGCACAAGAUAUAAUAAGUAUUCACGAGCACAUGAAAACACACCCAGUGAGUGCUGACCAGUCAGCUACAAGUGGGCAAAUAUCUACGCCUUGACCUGCUUCUACUCGCACUUGUGAUUAUUUGCCUAGAUAGUGCAGCCUAUUGAUUCGUUCGGGAAGCAGUUCCGCCAACUCCUUGGCCUAAAACACACACACACACACACACGCACACACGCGCACACACAGCCGUUUUGCUGUAUCAGUUGCAUCGGUUGGUCACUUACUCACCAGUCUGACUUGCUCCUUGAGCGUAACGUCGCAUUUCUCUACCAUGUCGGGAUGCUUGGACGCAUAAGCCAACACACUCUCGUACUCCUAUGAACACACACACACACACACCGCACGCAGAGACUCAGUGACACAACAGGUGUAUUCGUCUCUUGUGGUUGCUGACUUUGAGCGCCUUGACGUAGCUCUCCUUCCUCUGCUCGAACGUCGUACCGCACUUCAUCAACAUACUAAACAACAACCACACAUACACACACACACACACACACACAGAUGCAACACAGCGCCUGAAUGGACGCACUUAUCAGCCUUCCUGACCUGGCUCUCGUCAUCUUUGCCAUCCAGUAGGGCUUGACAUCGUCCUCCUCCAGCGACCACUCGCCCUCCCUCUCCCUCCUGUUGGCCUCACGCACCUCACCCAGCUUCGCCGACGCCACCUUGUGGGGGUCCUUGUCGAACGUGUUGAUGAAGUGCGAGUAGAAUGUCACGGCCUGCUGCGCCAGCUCGGCCAGCUUGGCUUGCAACUUGCCGGACGGCUUCAGGCCUGGGAAAAGGGGAAGGCAGUUGGCAGAUGAGUGUGUGCGUGGGUGUGUGUGUGGGGGAGGGGGGGAGGGGGGGCUGGCUGACCGGUGUCGUCUUCUUGUUGAUCUUGGUCUUUUGCGGGUGGUGGCUCCUUGGGCCGUGAUGUGUGCAGGGACACGGCGGGCAUAUCGUAUUUCUUGAGGUCGUGCAGCUCCUGACACAACUCGCCGCACUCGAACGCCAUCUGACGACUGACAGACACGCACAGCCAUCCACGCACAUAAGUACACACAAGGCUGCGAUCUGCCUUUGUGCGUGUGGGGGGCUUACACGUGAACGAGGAAGUGUUGUGGAUUGAGUUGCUCGACCAGCGGUCCCAGUAUCUUUAGUCGCCGCGACAUCAUCGAUGCGAUGCGCUGCGUGUCGGGCUCGAAGUAACUUAGAUGCCUGUCAAGACACACACGUAGGUGUGUGAGAGGGUUCGUGGGCGCUGUGCAUUGGACUCUCACCUGUACAGUGCUGAUUGCAGAAUGGCCAGCCUAACGUGAUCGGUCACAUACCCAUCCAGCACAUAAUACUGACACACACCACAGACACCAGCCACAAAUGCAUGCAGACCUUUCCACGAUGGUCCCUGCCGUACAGACGUUCAUGGCCUGCUGCGCGUAGUAGUUGCCCAGCUUGAAGAUCUCCCGCGCCAUCUCAAACGAGAAAGCAGCACCCCUGUGCCGCUGGAACACAUCCGGCUGCUCUUUGACACAGGCCGGCAGGUCGUCCUUCUCCAUGUGCUCGGCUCGAAGGCGGAAGAACUCCUCGUUUGAGGACCGGAUGCGGCGCUCGAUCUCCUUGUGGAUGGGAGGGAAGUGCACGGCAGGGGCCACCAUCAUGUCGGCGGAGAGGGCGACACACCUGACGGCCACAUGGACACACAGACGGCGUGCAAAAGGAUCCCUGUAUCUGUGCACGUGCGUGUUUGUGCGCACCGGUCCGGUGGCGUAUGGAUGCCGUUCUCUUUGUCGCUGGCCUGGCCGUUGGCCUGGUCUGCUGGUGGUGUGUCGAUGAUCCGCUCCUCACUUUGUGCGGUAUCCUUAUCCUCCUCCCUGGACAACGCUAUCACCUACACCACACACACACACACACACAAACAGACCCAUUCACUUAUCCAUGGACACAUGAAUGCUGACCCACCCACCCGUCCACCCACCCACCCAUCCGCCCGCCAGCCCACCUCAGGUCUCUCUUGGUUCCACACGAUAUCAUUCUCCCCCCUGACGCGCCACAUCCAGCUGUCCAGGGUCUCUGUCGUCGGCAGGGCGUACGAGGACGAUGCCGAGCCGUCGGUGUCCAUCGACGACGAGCGAGUGGCUGCAUCGUCUGAGCUGGCGAGAGGGGGUCCCAAUGGCAGAGGGGAGGGAGGGGGCUGACAGACACACAAAAAAAUACACACAAGCACCAGGUAUGUUCCCAUCCUUAGCUCCUGUGCGUGUUACCUCACCUCUGGCGGGAACACCAGGCGGCCGUCUUCCUCGAUGUCCUUCCCAUCCCCCUCGCCGCUCCCCGCUGCCUUGGAGCCGCCCUUGAAGCUCUCGGCCGCCCUGUCGGGGUGCUGGCAGAGCUGCUGGGAGAACUUGAGACGGAUCGAGUAGAGGGUGGCCAGAUCACGAUGUACCUCGGCACGCAGCUCGGCGAUGGGGAACGUAUCAACAUCAGCCUGAAGGAUCAACAAAGCGGAAUGACGUCCUGCCGUCGGUUCGUAACGGGUGUGAAAGUGUGUGACCUGUGUGGCUCUCUGGGCGACGACAGCGGCUGCAUGCAGCAGGUACUCGCUGGUCCACAUCAGCACCUCGUUGACGAAGUAGUCGCUCAGCUGACAGGCGUUCCUCACCCAAUCCUUGACGUCGAACCGGUUGGCCUUGACCUUGUCAUCCUCCUCAUCCCCUCCCCUCUCUCUCCCCGGCGGCUGCAUGAACUCGUCAUCGGUGAACGACGACUUGUUGGCCAGCUGCCGCUCCAGCGUCAUGGCGCAGUACUCGGCAGACAGCCGCCCCUCGCCCAUCCCGCCAUAAGCUUGCGCGAGGUAGAAGAGGGUCAGCGUAUAUUCCUUCUCCAGGUCGUGUGUGAAGCCCUCUGCUGUCGGCUGGGCGGCGGAUUGCUUGGCGUGGGUGUAGAGCAGGAGAUUGCGCCGGAGGUAGUUGCAGCCUCGCCUGGAGCUGGCGCGGUUGCACCAGAUGGAGGCCAUCAAGUUGCCCAUCUUGAGCAGCAUCAGCCGGUGCUUCUGCAUCGACGCCUCGCCGACAGAAGGGUCGGAGCACAGCUGCAGCACCACCUGGUAGGCCCGCCUGAGCACCUUCUCCCCACUGGCAAUCUCAUCGGUGUCGACGUAGUUGAAGGCCAGCCUCACGUAGACGUCCAUGAGCGCCUCCGUGAGCUUCCGCGAAGGCGACUGCUCACUCAUGACGACCCCAUCGCGCAUCAACUCGAACAAUAUCUGCACAAACCAUCACACACUCGUCCAUUUCACCACCGAAUGUGUGUGUUUUCUCCUACGCACCUGUCUGCCUUUGUAUUUCGAGGCGUAUGGUGUGGUCUCCGGGUCAAUCUUGGCGGAUAGGUCAUCGUACUGCUGCAGCCGCGACGCCCAGUCAGCAGGUAGGUGGGCAGCCAU